GCUCUUGUCAAGUGAAAUCUGGUUUUCAAGCAUUCAGAGAUUAUCUGCAACAAUGGCUCCUCAACAGAAGAACAAGGUGUUUGUCAUCGGGGUUGGCAUGACAAAGUUUGACAAACCUGGAGCCAGAGACAACUAUGACUAUCCAGAAAUGGCCAAAGAAGCAGGUGAAAAAGCUCUUGCAGAUGCAGGGAUUCCUUAUUCAGCUAUUCAACAAGCCUGUGUGGGAUAUGUCUACGGGGACUCAACAUGUGGACAGAGAGCCAUUUACCACAGUUUGGGUCUGACUGGCAUCCCCAUUGUCAACGUGCACAACAACUGCUCCACAGGCUCCACUGCUCUGUUCCUGGGCCGUCAGCUGAUCCAGGGAGGUCUGGCUGAAUGUGUGCUCGCACUUGGUUUUGAAAAGAUGGAGAGGGGCUCUUUGUCUUCCAAGUACAUGGAUAGGGUCAACCCAAUGGACAAGCACAUGGAGGUGAUGAUCAACUGCUAUGGGAUAGAAGCUGCACCUGGAGCCCCUCAGAUGUUUGGCAACGCUGGCAGGGAGCACAUGGAGAAAUAUGGCACCAAACCAGAACACUUUGCCAAGAUUGCUUGGAAGAAUCACAAGCAUUCCAUGAAUAACCCAUAUUCCCAGUUCCAGGAUGAGUAUAGCUUGGAGCAGGUGAUGAACUCCAGGAAAGUGUUUGACUUUCUUACUCUGCUGCAGUGCUGCCCAACCUCAGAUGGUGCUGGAGCAGCAGUUUUGGCCAGUGAAGCCUUUGUUAGGAAGCACCACCUUGAAAACCAGGCAGUGGAAAUUGUGGCUCAAGAGAUGGUGACUGACCUUGCGUCCACAUUUAAUGAAAACAGCUGCAUUAAGAUGGUGGGAUACGACAUGACUCGGCUGGCAGCUAAAAGGUGCUUUGAGGCUGCAGGUCUGAAGCCCAGUGAUGUUGAUGUUAUUGAGCUGCACGACUGCUUCUCAGCCAAUGAGCUUAUCACGUAUGAGGCGUUGGGUCUCUGUGAAGAAGGUAAAGCAGCAGAACUAAUCGACAGAGGGGACAACACAUAUGGAGGAAAGUUUGUGGUCAACCCCAGCGGUGGUCUCAUCUCUAAAGGACAUCCUCUUGGAGCCACAGGUCUGGCCCAGUGUGCAGAGCUGUGCUGGCAACUGCGGAGGCAGGCUGGCAGGAGGCAGGUCCCAGGGGCAAAAGUGGCCUUGCAGCACAACAUUGGCCUUGGAGGAGCUGUGGUUGUCACUCUGUACAGGAUGGGUUUCCCAAAAGAGUCAAGGUCCAUAGUUGCAGCCACUUGCAGCUCAAGUAGCAGUCUGGAAGGGUUUAAAUCUUACUCCAUCUUCAAAGAGAUUGAAAAACAUCUGCAGCAGGAAGGAGAGCAGCUCAUCGAGAAGGUUGGUGGAGUGUUUGCCUUUAAAGUGAAGGAUGGGCCCAACGGGAGAGAGGCGACUUGGGUUGUGGAUGUGAAAAACGGCAAAGGUUCUGUCACAAAUGACCCAGGUAAAAAGGCAGACUGUACAUUGUCCAUUAGUGAUGAGGAUCUUCGGGAUUUGAUGAUGGGAAACUUGAACCCACAAACGGUACGUUGCACUCAAAAAAUAGAAUCUCCUCAGGACAGAGCUCCCAAGUCCAGUUCACUGCAGCUUCCUGAGGAAGUAGAGAUGCUGGUGGGCCUUCUUGACCAAACAGGAAGUAUUGGCUCUCCAGCCGAGCAGUCAUAUGUCAUCAGAGUGAAGGGAGCUCAGCACGCAGCCCUGGGGCAAGCCAGUGCUGAGGGUGAUGGAGGAGGAGACAAUGUUGUAGAUCCUGACAGUCUGAGGUCUGUUGUUCAGGAAGUCCAGAAUCCAGUUCCCCAAGAAUUUCUGCUCUCCAAGUGGGUGAGGGCUAUGUGA